AUAUUUAGUGAAAAAUAAAGUAGUUGUGGUCUUCCUUGCUCUGCCGUCUCUGUCAGUCAUCAAUUUCCGGAGCUUUUUCCAUCGGAGGAGAUGCAAUUUCGAAACUGGGAAUGGCAUCUUUCAGCUGCCUGAAUAUUGGGUUAGCCGUAGUUUUGGGGUUCCUCAUCAUGGGCAUAAUUGCAGAGCUUUACUAUCUUCUAUGCCGGAAGAAGAAAAUAAUCAAUACUACACAGGUUGAAGACGGCGACGGCGACGGCGACGGCGACCAUGCUAAAUUCACCAGAAACCCACCUGAGAUCCGCCAUGGAUUGGACGUUGAGCUCGGCGACGAACAAGAAGAAGAAGAAGAAGAACAUGAAGAAGAGGUGAUGGGGAUUUACAAUCUGGCAGGGCAACCCAGAUUUCUGUUCACAAUCAAGGAAGAAUCAAACGAAGAUUUGGAAUCAGAAGAAUCAAGAACCAGAAGGUUGAGUGACAUAAUUACAGCAAUUGAAACUCCAUAUUUCACUCCCAUGGCGUCUCCGCCAUUGAAGGCUUCUCCUCCUCCUCCUCCUCCUCCUCUCGGCUGUUUAGAUUCGUAUAAACUGCAUGGAUUCAAUCCCCUGUUUGAAUCUUCGCCUCCUCCAAAGUUCAAAUUUCUUAGAGAUGCAGAGGAGAAACUCUGCAGAAGGCUAAUGGAAGAAGCCCAGAGAACCAAAAAGUUAUAAUCAAGCAUUUCGUUUCGUUAGCGUCUUGGCUCACACUCAUUCUCUUCUCCGAUUGAUGUGAGACCUCUCAAUCCACCCCUUUGGGGCCAGCGUCCUUGGUGGCACACCGUCUCAUAUCCACUCCUUUGGGGUUCAGUCUCUUCGCUGGCACAACGCCUGAUAUUUGGCUCUAGUACCGAUGUGGGACCCCCAAUCAACCCCUUUUGGGACCCAACGUUCUUGAUGACACACCGUCUUAUGUCCAACCACCUUCUGGGCUCAGUCUCCUCGCUCGCGCAUUGCUCCAAUCAACCCCUUUUGGGACCCAAUGUUCUUGAUGACACACCGUCUUAUGUCCAACCACCUUCUGGGCUCAGUCUCCUCGCUCGCGCAUUGCUCUGUGUCUGGCUCUGAUACCAUUUGUAACCGCCUAAGCUCAAGCCCACUAUUAGUAGAUAUUGUCCACUGGACUUUCUCCCUUGGAUUUCUAUUCAAGGUUAUUAAACGCUAGAGAGAAGUUUUCACACCCAUUCUAAAGAAUGGCCUCUCUAAUCGAGUGAUCU